AUGAGCUGCGAGACCCUGGCAGCCCUGCCUGCAGGGAGAGCCGAGGGCCGUGGCGACUGGGGCAGCCUGCUGGAGCCACCUGAGUCUCCGUCCUCUCGGGAGCACUGGGCUCCCCAAGGGACAUUCCGCGAUGAGCUGGAGUGGUGUAUUUUGCAGCUGGAAACAGGCCUCCUGCGUCUCGGUCCAACCCCAGAACAAGCGUGUGGGACCCGCUGUGAUGUGUUUGUUCUCUUUGUGUCGGUCGGCUUGUGGAACGCAGCAGAGGAGACGCAGCGCGUCCUCAGGAUCCUGCGCUCCCGCAAGGCUCCCUUUGUGAAGAAGCGGCAGGUGAUGAGCCACGUGUUCGGGGAUUACCGACUGAAGAUGGCCGAGGAGCGGAAGAGGGUGGAGAAGGCAGCCAUGAAACCUGGGAAAGCGCAGAUACAGCAAGGGAAUGCGCAGGCUUCAGGGAGCGUGGUGUAUCGGAAGCGAUCUGGACAGACCUCUGAAUCAAUAAUUAACUGGUUUGCGCCAUCUGAUAACAGCUUCCAGUUCAACUUUGCACUUUCUGAGAGGGAUCCACAAGCAACCGACGCAACUUUGGAAGAGAGCCAGGGGACCCUGCUAAGCCUGAGGCCAUGGGCAGUGUGGGUGGAGGAUACCCAAAAACCAGAGCUUGCCCCUGUCGAUGAGGUGGGAGCAGGGAAGGCAGCAGCAGCUGGAGCACCCAAGAAGAAGAAGAAGAAGAAGAAGAAGCCGUCCAAUAGUAAGAAGGAGAUGGCAGAAGCUGAGGUCAACAGGAAGGUGAAGGUGGGGGCCAGUGGUUGUGAAGACACGGACAAGACCUCGCAGCAGUCAGAUGAACAGCUGUGGAGAGAAGUGGACUGGUGUGUGGAACAGCUGGAGCUUGGCCUGAGGACACACAAAUCUACUCCAAAGCAGGCUGAAGAAGCUUACCGUGCCAUCAAGACCCUGCGCAGUGACAAGGCCGUGCUGGCGAAGAAGCGCCAGGUCAUGCGAGCCAUGUUCGGAGACUACAGGAAGAAGAUGGAGGAGGAGAGGCAGAAGCAGCUGAAGCUCAUGCAGGCAGCUGCCAAGUCUGCUGAGGUCACGGAGGUGCGGGAGAACGCCCGCAGAAGGAGCAGCCACAUCUUCAGGAGGCGUUCAGAGGCUUCCCGGAAAAGCCCAAGCGCUGCUGGAUCCCCUUCUCACCCUCCCAGCCGUGCAGAGCCCUCCCAGGCCUCUGGCACAAGCUCGUUCGUAUUCCCCGCUUGCCAAGAGGAAUUCCGCUUUAACUUCUUUUAGGAAAGCCCCUGAGCGUCUCUUGUCUUUGCUUGGUUCCCAACGCCUGUAUGUCUGAAGGGGUGAAAGGGAGUGAGCGGGGAAAAGGGUCGUGCGGUGGGAAGCGUGCACAGGUUCACGGUGGAAAGCUUGCCUUACAUCAAGUGUACGGAACAGCUCAGUCUGUGGCUGGCCUCAGCCCCCUGAAGGAAGUGCCUUUGCCAGUGAUCGGGCUGGAAAGAGGUGGACUUGCGUUUCUUUUAUCUUCAUGGCCAUUUCAUGGGAUAAUCUUUUGGUGAAAGGGAGAUUUUGUCCCCGCCUUUGUUUCUAAUACCGCAAAUCAGUUCUGGUGGGAAGGAGGAGACAGGUACAGUCAGAAGCAUGUUAACAAGAGGAUCCAGGUUUCUGGGCGUGAAUGAAGGAGGCAGCAGGAAGAAGCACUGGUGCAUUACACAAUGGAAUGGUUGUUUUCUGUGUUCGGCGUGAAUGGAUCAUGUGGCUCGAGGGUUCACAGAUGCUGGUCAGUGUUGGUGUCACAUCCCCUGCAGCAUUGCUCCGAGUGGGGGACCCACAGACCAUGGGCCGCUUGGAGUGUAGCCUGAGAAGAGAACCCUUCAGAUGAACCUAAGCCAGCCCAGUGCUCAUGGGGCAGCACCUGGCACCACCAGAGAAGACAGGAGUUGAGUUUGGUUCGUUGCUCUCCGGGCCAGAUGGGGAGUGGGAGCUCUGUGCAGGAAGCACAGUCACUCUUGGAAAAAGAAGCUUUCCUCUUGAGCAGCCAGUGACUGGCCGUGCCUGGCUCUCUCUCCCCAGAAGCGAGUCUGCUCCGUGGCGGGGCUUGGGUGGGUGUGAGAGAACAUGGAAGAGCCCAGCAGAGACCGACUGAAAUAAAAAUCUUCGGGCGAUCACAGUUCAUCGAGCUGUUAAUGAUAAAAUACCAUUUCCUGAGCGUUCUGGAUGUUUUCGACGUGCACCUACCAGACAUGGAUGCCAAGUACAGCGCAGUAGCUUGCGCUAUAAUAAAUGAAAGCCGUGGUAUUUGUGAUCCCCCCGCCCCAGCAUGUGUCCAAGCUAAUGACAAAUUCUCCUCCAUGGCGAUCCCGCUGUUGGUUUUCAUCAUAGGAGUCAGAUGCCACCAGCAGAGAGGUCCCUAGGGGGGCUCAGGACCCGGGCCAGCCUCCUCUCCCUGCUGCAGGCCCCACUCACCCCGGCCACACCCUGCUCUGCACCCACCAGAAGCCACCCAAGGAAGUUGCUGGUACCCGGGGGCGGGCCUCUGCCGCUGUGUUGAGUCGGCGCCCGGCGGCAGUGCCGGCGUGCUCUUCCAGCUGAGGGAGCAGGGCUGGAAACAAAGCAGUUGAGUUGGGUUUGCCGGUCGUUGAGCUGAGGAGAGUUGUGUGGCAAAGGCAGCUGAGGCCUGAGCUCAGCCCGCCCCUCCAGGCUUGGCACUUUCCUCUGUAAUGAGAUCCCAGCAAGGGGUCUGGCACGCAGUCCCAUUCCAGUCAGGUCCCCGAGAGCUUUCCCUGCUCCCUGAUUGGUCCAGUGCUGACAGCUCCUUUUCUCAGUGCCAUUUUGGGCGUGAGACCCAAUGCUAAGAGCUGAUUGGCCAGGCAGUCCCUCUGCUUCUUCCCGGAUUGGUUGAAGGAGGGAACUGCGGUGCAUGAAGUGAUCAGGUAGGCCAGCAGAGCAUCUCCCUGCUUAGACAUUGAAGAACACUCAGCAGAGGAUCUUGGGCUCCCUGCAAAGCUGGGUGCAGCUGGGAUUAUCUGGAGUUCCAGCCACCACCUCCGUCAUCCCAGGGCCAGCGGAGAGAGAAGCCACCUGAAGUCACACCCCCGCGCCCCGGAUCUUUAUCUAAAGUAACAGUUUGCGUAGCAUUCACUACGCUUAUUUCAUCUUUUUUUUUAAAUAGCAGUCAAGAGAGGAGAAGAACCUGCACUUACCAACCACUGAGGGAUAAAAUAUUUUGUAUCUUCAAUGAAAAAUGAACCCUGAAUUAUUUUUAAUCAAACAAAAAAAGCCUUGAUGUUUAAUUAAAACAAGAGCAAAGGAAAUAAUACUUGAUUGAGACAUAAUCAAAGAAAAGACUUAAUAUUCAGACACUAAGGAAGAAUUGGACUUGGGCUACUUGAUUUCACAUAGAAACUCUGGCUGCAAAGUUCCUGCCCUAGGAUUCUUUGAGAGACUCUUCCCCUGAAGGUAUUCCCACCUGUAAGAGGCUUCAGCCAAUAAAAACCAAUAAAAAAUAAAAAAAUGGAUGUUUCAGGACUCUAAAGAGCUGUUUCAAGACAUGAGCUUGUAACUUUCCACUGAAACUGUUUUAUUCAAGGGGUAGAAGAAAUUUUAUUUUUCUCUCUUGAAGAAAGUAUCUGUUUUAUUGUCUGUUUACUGCUUAUGCUAUUUUCUUUCUUGGUAUUUUCCAUCUGAAGGAAGCUUUUUAAGCUAAGUUACUUUACAUUUCUGUUUGUUUUUGAAUUUUUUUUCUAGGUAAAUUAGCAGGGUGCUUUAAUUAUUGGAUCAUCUUCUUAAUAGAACUUUCCCUUGGACAGUGAAAACAGUGAGUCUUUUGCAUUGAACCCUUGUGGUGGUUGGCAUCUCACUCUUUCUCCCUAAGGUCUAGCUAAGGCACCUGUCUUCUAGUAUCUAAGUGCCGAGAUGGAAGAAGUGUGGGUUGUCUACUUGUGCCUCUUCUUGCUUAUCUUGGUGCUUAUUUUAAUGAGGCGUGACCCCGAUUUGGAGGCGGCAAAGAAAGUUACAGAAACACCAAGCACCCCGGCACCAGCUACCUAUUAUUCCAGUGGCCCCGGCAAACAUCUGGAAUACACGGAAGAAGAGAUGGAGAAAUCCCUGGAGAAACUAACCAGCAUCUUGUAUGACAGAGAUGCUAGAAAAAGGGAAACCCACCAUGAGCCGAAAACAGCAAAGGCAGAAGCCCAUCACCAUCACAAAGCACCUGACGCAGCUUGUGAAAUGGGCCAGGGGCCGGGACAUUCCACGCAUCCAUCUAGCCAGCACAGGGGUCAGGUAAUGGAGUGAGGCCACCCAAGAAUGUCCGUGUCAGCACUCGGUUUAUAUAUUUCCAAUAGGACUCAAUAGGAGUGGUGGGUUGGAGGGGACAUGCACACACACUCCCUUAUGCUAUUUUCAACAAGCUCCAACAGCUGUCCCUGUGCUCCAUGCAGUGAGUAUUGCCCAUAGAUGUUUCCCAUGUGUCUGUGUAUGACGCUGGUAAAUCCACUUUAGUCUGGAAUGUGCUAAGCAAUAGAAGUAACUAGGAUUUUUUUUAUUAUUAUUAUUGUAAGAAACAAUGGAGCAGAUCCUCACCUGGUACAAGUCUGCAAAACUCCUUAGACUUCAAUGUGUUCGUGUCCAUUUAAACCAGCAGAGGAUCUGGCCCAGCAUAUAUAGAUGCUCUGCUGACACCCAUGCUUGCCUGGUGCAGGUAUCAUGUCCAUUAUAUCCUGGCCCUUCUGUGCAGUGAUCAUACCUAUUGCUUUGGAGUGGCUCCUAACGUGUAAAAAUAUGAAAGAUGCUGUUGUAUAAAAUGCACCUUGCUGUAGGCGAGUAAUUAUUGGAAGGCAUUGGGAACAAAUCCUUUACCUUUAUACAUUAUAAAUCAUUGUUCUCAUCA